AUGUCUUCGCUCGCGGUGCCUGUUGCCAUCAUUGGUUCAGCAUGUAGGUUUCCGGGAGAUUCCACCUCACCAUCGAAGCUGUCAGCCCUCCUGCAGCAGCCCCGCGAUGUACGUCGAGAAUUCGACCCAAAGAUGCUCAAUUUACAACGUUUUUACAACUCGAAUUCGGACGCCGCCGGAUCAACUAACGUAAAGAACAAAGGGUACCUACUGGUCGAGGAUAGUCGAACUUUUGAUGCCGCCUUUUUUAACAUUAGUCCCGUAGAGGCCGAAUGCAUGGACCCUCAGCUACGCAUUCUUCUUGAGAUAGUGUACGAAGCUUUGGAAAGCGCGGGAUAUACCCUGGACGAGAUGCGAGGGACCAAGACAUCUGUGCAUGUUGGGGUCAUGGCAUCUGACUAUUACGAUAUUCAGAUCCGCGAUCCCGAGACGCUGCCGCAGUAUGCGGCAACUGGAACAGCUCGGAGUACCCUAUCGAACCGUAUCUCAUAUGCCUUCGAUUUCCACGGUCCAUCUAUCACAAUCGAUACGGCCUGCUCCAGCUCCUUGGUGGCGGUGCAUCAGGCAGUCCAAGGGCUGCAAACGGGCGAUGCGACCUGUGCCAUCGUUGGGGGUGCCAAUUUGAUAUUUGACGUAAUGCUAUACAUCAUGUUGUCGAACCUUCAUAUGUUGUCACCCGAUUCCCAGUCCCGGAUGUGGGAUAAGACAGUUGACGGCUACGCACGCGGCGAAGGGGCGGCGGUAGUCUUAUUAAAGCCCCUCGACCAAGCCCUGCGUGAUAAGGACUGUAUCGAGGGAGUCAUUCGCGCAACGGGGGUGAACUCGGAUGGUCAAAGCCCCGGACUCACAAUGCCGACAGUGAAGGCUCAGGCUGCUCUGAUCCGAGAGACAUAUCGCCGCGCGGGACUGGAUCCGGUCAAAGACCGAUGUCAAUAUUUUGAAUGUCAUGGCACGGGAACAGCAGCGGGAGAUCCAAUAGAGGCCCGUGCUAUUAGUGAAGCCAUGAUAGGAGAUGGAGAUUAUUCAAGCCACAAGACAACCAAUCCAUUGUACGUCGGAUCCAUAAAGACAGUGGUGGGGCACCUAGAAGGAGGUGCAGGGCUGGCGGGGUUAUUAAAAGCUUUGCUUUCUAUCAAGUGUCGGACUAUAUUUCCCAAUCUUCUCUUUAAAGAGCUGAAUCCUAAGAUUGAGCCUUACUACCAUGGCCUGCAGCUGCCAACCUCUGCUCUACCCUGGCAAAAACUUCCCGCUGGGGAUCCUUUGCGAGCUAGUGUGAAUAGCUUUGGCUUUGGAGGCACCAAUGCCCAUGCCAUCCUUGAGAGCUAUGAACCAAGUGAUGAUGAUAGCAGUGCAGAGACUGAGCCCUUCGAGGCUCCAUUGAUUGGCCCUCUCGUGCUGUCGGCAAAUUCUGGCUCCUCCCUUUUAGGGAAUGUCCGGUCUUUGCUACACUACUUGCUGGAAAAUCCCUCCGUCAAUCUGUCUGAUCUGAGCUGGGUACUCCAGAGCAAGCGCACCACACAUCGUGUGAAAACCUUCUUCAGUGCGCAAUCCCAUAAAGGCCUCGUUCAAAGUAUGCAGAAAUUCAUCAUCAAUAACCAGACGAUCACGAAGGACGAAAUUGGUACCCACUAUCGGCCGGUGAGGCCAGGUGAAAACCCAUCUAUACUUGGGGUGUUCACGGGUCAAGGGGCUCAGUGGCCUACCAUGGGCUAUGGCCCAGAAUGGUCCGUGGUUGAAGAAUUAUCAAGGGGCGCUUCCACUUCCCGAGUAGGGGAAGCCGCUAUUUCACAGCCACUCUGUACUGCCAUCCAGCUGGCUCUUAUCAGUGUACUUUACGCCUGUAGAAUCCAUUUUGAUGUUGUCAUUGGUCAUUCUUCCGGAGAAAUAGCCGCAGUAUACGCUUGCGGAAAUAUCAGCCUAGAAGCCGCCAUGCAGAUAGCCUAUUACCGAGGCAAAUACGCCCAUUUGGCCCAUGGUUUGAACGGGCAAGCUGGUGCUAUGAUGGUGGCUGGUGUCGGUUACGCCCAAGCUCAGAGCUUUUGCCGGCAGCCGAAAUAUCAAGGCCGUGUUUGCGUGGCUGCUAGCAACGCUCCUCAGAGCGUUACUUUGACAGGAGAUUCCGACGCCAUACAACACGCGAAGAAGCAUUUCGAUGAGAACAAUACCUUCGCGCGCAUGCUAAAGGUGGACACCGCGUACCACUCGUAUCAUAUGGAGCUUUGUGCAGACAGGUAUCUCAAAUCUCUCAGAGCCUGUAACAUUCACGUCAAACGACCACGAGAUGGUUGUAUUUGGAUAUCGAGCGUCAAGGGUGACACAGAGCUGCUUGAAGGGAACUUGCAGUCACUAACUGGUCCUUACUGGAUCCAAAACAUGAUUCAAAGUGUCCUUUUCUUUCAGGCAGUCAAAUUUGCCGGUUCGCACGGUGGCCCAUUCGAUGUGGCGAUCGAGAUUGGUCCGCACCCAGCACUCAAAGGACCCACGGAACAAACAUCGAGGUUUACUUUAGGCUCUGCUCCAGCUUACGUCGGUACCCUUCGGCGCGAUGCCAGCGACGUAGAGGCUGUUGUAGAUGCUAUCGGAUUUGUCUGGUCCUACCUUGGUCCUGCUUUUGUCGACUUUGAUGGACUUCGGGGAGCCUUCGCGCACGGAAAUUGUAGAACUCCUAGAUUAUUAAAGGAUCUUCCACCUUACUCCUGGGACCAUGACCGCGUCUAUUGGCGCGAAUCUCGAAUAUCAACUAGGUACCGCAAAGGUACCGACCUCCCCCAAGAGCUACUGGGACGUCGUUUGCCGGAUGAUAUAGACCGAGAGCUACGCUGGCGUAAUAUCCUCAGGAUUAGCGAAUUGCCCUGGCUACGAGGCCACGUCAUCUCCGGGGAGGAAUUGCUCCCAGGGACCGCUUACAUUUCACUGGCAACGGAAGCAGGAAAGGCUAUUGCAGCAGAGAACCCUAUUCGGCUGAUCGAAGUGCAAGAUAUCAACAUUCGCCGUCCAGUGGUUAUUCCCGAAACUCGUGAAGGUCUGGACGCUCUUUUCACAGUACACUUGCAGGAGUCCAAAGACCCAAACCUGAUAUGCGGAUUCUUUUCUUACUACUACUGCUCCGAUGGAUGUUCUGGUUCCAUGGUGCAUACCUGUGAUGGGAAGCUUAUCAUUCGUCUCGGCGAGGCUUCAGAAGAAGAGCUUCCGCCGUGCAACCCACUACCACCGGGCUUACUCCCGAUCGACACUGAGCAAGGUUACAGCGUGCUCGCACAGAGUGGCCUGCUCUAUUCUGAUACCUUCCAGCGUCUUCGGGACGUUCGCCGUCGACUUAACUAUGCUGUCGGUAUGGCGGAAUGGUCUGUAGAUGAACUGAAAGGCAGCUACACCGUUCAUCCGGCACUCCUUGACGUUUCAUGGCAGACACUUCUUCAUGCUCGUGCGGAUCCCAGAGCUGGUAAACUCCCAACAGCCCUCUUGCCAGUGCAUAUUGGUCGUGUGGCUGUAAAUCCUAACGUUGAACUGGGCGCGGAAGUGGGGACGGUCAGGCUGACGGCAGAGUCAUAUAUCACUUCACUGAGCGGGUUUUCCAUCACUGGUGAUGUUCACAUUUACAAUCCAUGCUCGGGGAAAGCAGCUGUACAGAUGGAAGUUGUGUCCCUCAAAUCAGCUACACCACCUACUGAAGCCCAAGAUCGACGAAUCUUUUUCAAUACAGACUUUAUAGCGGAUCCUUCGUUAGGACUGAUAGAGCCUAAGCAUGAUCCAGAAGCUGUUGAGAGAGUCACAGACCUAGCAUCAGACAUUGAACGGGUGGUCCUCUUUUACGUUCAGCGUGUGUUGGAAGGACUUAACUCCAAGGACAGAACGGAGCUUACGUGGUACCAUAAACUGCUAAUCCAGUCAUUUGAGACUUCAAUACAGUCGAUACAAGAAGGACUUCAUCCACUAGCGAAGCAAAGCUGGCUUGAUGACAAACCCGAAAUCCUGGACAUUAUUUUCUCUAAAUGGCCAAACAGAAUCGACUUUCAACUCGUCCAGGCAGUAGGAGAAAAUCUACUAGGCUACCUGCGAAGGCAAACCUCUAUGUUAGAAGUGGUGAUGAAGGAUGACCUAGCUGGUCGCCUGUACAAUGACGGAUGCGGCUUUGCGGAUGUUAAUUCAGGCAUGACUGGUGUCCUUGAACAGAUCUUAAGCAAAUAUCCCCAGGCGAACUACUUGGAGAUUGGAGCUGGUACGGGAUCAACGACCGACUACGUUCUGCGAACAAUUGCCAAUGCCUUUGACACGUACACUUACACUGAUAUUUCUCCAGCCUUUUUUGGGGAAGCUGCCAAUCGGUUUAGUGAAUUCACCGGUAGAAUGAUAUUUAAAACUCUCGACGUGGAGAAAGACGUGGCUUCCCAGGGUUUUUCAGAACACUGCUACGAUGUCGCAGUUGCCUCCAACGUACUUCACGCCACAUCUAGUAUCUCCAGGACUUUAGGGAACGCACGGUCCUUACUUAAGCCAGGUGGUUUCUUGCUUCUCAUUGAGAUCACUGGCACUGCUGUUAUGCGGACUACAUUCUGCGUAGGUGGUCUGCCUGGAUGGUGGCUCGGAGCGAAGGAAGGACGGCGGCUGCAUCCCGGCCUGUCCACUGAGGGAUGGCACAGAACGCUGCAAGAAACGGGUUUUUCUGGGGUUGACCUCGUUUGCCACGAUAUACCGGACACGGGCCAGCACUGCCUGUCUUUCAUGGCUAGCCAGGCCGUAGAUGACACGCUUCUGCAACUGCGCGAGCCACUGGAGUAUCUCGCUGACCUCCCGCAAGUAGAGCAUCUGCUUGUCAUUGGCGGGAAGACAUUGGCUGUUUCGAAGUUAGCAACUGCUAUUCAACGGUUGGUAGCAUCCGUGUGGGGUAAACAGGUUACAAUGGCGACCGAUAUAGAUACCUUUGACCUCCCAAGCAUUGGAAAUCAAAUGGAUGUCCUGUGUCUUCUGGAAUUAGACAAUCCUCUUUUCUCAUCCCCGGUUACUCCGAAGAGGCUGAGAGCUUUGCAGACCAUUCUUGUGAGAGCCCAUAAUGUGCUCUGGGUGACCAAGGAUCGGAGGACGGGUCGUCCCGAGUCAAGCAUGAUGGUAGGGAUGGCAAGAGGAAUGUCCAAGGAACUGCCACAUCUCAAUUUUCAAUCCUUGGAUCUGGACACGAUUGCCAUUCCUGCAAUCGCUGCUCGAACUAUACUCACAACACUCAUUCGACUAAGGAUUGUCUCAAUUCAUAAGGAUCUUGAGAGCCCGUUCCUCUUAACACAAGAGCCAGAGCUAGUUGUUGAAGGAUCCAACACACUCAUUACACGUGUGCGGCCUGACCAGCAGCUCAACGAUCGGUUCAAUGCCAAUUUUCGACCGGUUACCAGGCCAGGAACUAGUCCAGAUAUACCAAUCCAACUUACUAUCCAACGCGAUAAGCUGGCUUUGCUUGAAGCUCCUUCCGAAUCACAUUCCGCUAGGAAUGAGUGUGUCGCUAUCAAAGUCAGAUACUCCUUGUGUUUCCCCAAGGACAGGGGCGGAGAUAUCUAUCUUUGCGUUGGCCAUCUUGUAGGUACAGACAUCCCUAUUGUCGCUGCUUCAGAGACAAAUGCUUCUAUCGUAAGCAUUCCCCAGGGAAAUAUUUCUCGGAUAGACGAGAAGGACUGUAAUCCGGUUGUCCUGCAGAUCAUAGGGGACCAGAUCCUUGCCACUGGGUUCUCCCACUUUAUAUCUAGAGGGGAAACAGCCUUGCUCUAUAAUCCUACAGAAUGUCUAGCAAGCUGUCUCGCUGCUGAGUCGCGUCGGCAUGGCUUUCACGUAUUGUACGCCUCCUGUUGUUCUUCAGCCCCUCAAAGCUGGAUAAAGAUACACCCCAACAACUCUGUCCACGCAAGCCAUAAUUUAAUCCCUCAAGACGUUACUGUUUAUUUUGACUGCUCGCAAGAUCUGGGACAACAGUCUCUUCAUUCUGCACUACCUCCGAGCUGCAGAAUACAUAGAUUGAACAGAAAUCUAUUACAACUAGGGUUGGACCCCGUAUCUAUUCAGGCAUCGCUCGACACUGCAUAUGAAAGUCUUCAGGUUUUGGAAACCCAAGCGAGCAGUUACCAGUUUACCUCUGGCAUUGAGGUGCUCAACAUUGGAGACAUUUCUAACACCGACCCGUCGAUUCUAGACCGUACUCAUAUCACUUGCUGGGAAACACCCAAGCCUCCUAGACUCUCUGUGCCCCCUCCUGAUACUUCUACACUUUUCGACAGCGAAAAAACGUAUCUUAUGAUUGGUAUGGCGAGUGGCCUUGGUCUCUCAAUUUGUGAGUGGGCUGUACGGCAUGGUAUGAAACAAAUAGUCAUCACGAGCCGGAAUCCGACCAUACACCCUCGCUGGCUUGCCGAAGCUCGGCGACAAGGAGCAAAUGUUUGUGUUCAGUCUAUGGAUGUUGCAGACAAUGCCUCCGUAGAAGGCGUUGUACAACUCAUCAGGGAUUCCCUGCCCCCUAUAGGCGGUGUUUGUAAUGCAGCUAUGGUGUUGUCAGACAAGCUGUUCGUGGAUAUGGAUGCAGAGGCCAUGGCCAAGGUGCUGAAACCGAAGGUAGAUGGUUCUAAGCACCUAGAUCAUAUAUUUUCGGACACAAGCUUAGACUUCUUCAUUAUGCUUUCCUCUGCCCUCUCGAUAACUGGCAGCCAUGGCCAGACAAACUAUCAUGCAGCCAACAUGUUCAUGACAGGACUAGCUGCAGAGCGUCGGCGGCGCGGGCUGGCAGCCUCUGUGAUCCAUAUCGGAUAUGUAUGCGAUGUAGGGUACUUCACACGCGCGGAUAAAAGUAUCCGGGAAUACGUGUCAAGAAUGCAUUUUAAGCCCAUUUCAGAGAUGGACGUCCACCAUGCCUUUGCAGAGGCUAUUCUCUCAGGACGACCGAACAGCCAACAUUCGUGCGAGAUCGGGGUAGGGAUCGAGCCGCUCGAAGAGCCGCUAAGCAAGGACCAGCAAACCGCAUGGUCGUCCGAUCCUCGCUUCUCACAUUACCUCGUGACGGCUCAUAUACACGAAGCGAAGUAUUCCUCCAAGGCUGGGCAGGUUAACGUUGUUGGACGGAUUCAGCGGGCUGAGACGGAAGCAGAAGCCACCAUGGCUGUCCAGGAUGCCUUGUGUACCAAGCUAGAGACCCUUAUGCAGCUGUCCCCCGGUAGUGUGGACGUUAAUGCACCACUGACCAAGCUGGGCAUUGAUUCUCUCGUGGCCGUGGAGAUCCGAGCUUGGGCUAUAAAAGAGAUCGAUAUCGACAUCCCAGUCACGACGCUACUGGGCAAGGAUAAUAUAGUCCAGAUUUGCACCCGCAUGGCCAAACAUGUGAUGGCUAAGAUACUGGAGAAGACUUCCAAAACAAUUAACUCUAGACCGGAAACGCCAGAGAAAUCACCGGGCUCUGUGGCUACCAGUAGCUCAGAAUCGCCCAAGCCUGAAGAUGAGCCUACUGUCCCGUUAAAUGACGGCAAAGAAUUGCAGAAGCACAUAUGUGAAGUGACGGGGGAAUUAGCUAUGGAGUUCGGCCAAGACAUCGUUCAAAAGGAGCGAAUGACAGCAGCUCAGUCCAGAAUAUACAUCCUUUCUAUUAUCAUAAAUGAUCCCACUGCCUAUAGCCUCAUGAUUCGGUACGACAUGACGGGCGACCUUGACGUUGAACGACUACGCAAUGCGCUGACAGCCACGAUGCAGCACCAUGACUCCCUUCGCACCUGUUUUUAUGUCCGCCCCGAAGAUAACCAAAUGAUGCAAGGUCUUCUUUCAUUCCCAGUCCGCCGUUUCAAGCAUGUUCCGGAGGCCACAGAAGAGGAUAUCGCCAACGAACUGCAAAUGGCUAGGUCUAAAGUAUGGGAUAUCGAGCAUGGAGAAACACUGGGACUAGCUGUCCUAUCUUCAAGCCCCAAAGUACAUACCCUUGUCUUGUCUUACCACCACAUAAUUUUAGAUGCGACCAGCAUGCGAACCUUCAUCCAUGACCUGAAUGCUGCCUACUGUAUGCAACCACUCCAGCAUGACUGUGGGAGUUGUCUUGAGCUCGCUCGCAAGGAGGUGGAUAGCCACAGCUCAGGGGCUCUUGAGUGCCAACUCCAAUACUGGCAGCAACAGCACCAUCCAGUACCAGACGUUCUUCCAUUACUCCCAAUGGCGAAGGCUAGAACCCGUCCGGAGACGCAGCAGUUGGCCACUAUCCACACAGUGCGGGAGAUUGGGCAGAACGCAACCCUUGCUGUCAAGAAGGCUUGCCAAACACUGGGCGUCACAGCUUUUCAAUUCCAUCUUUCUGUGGUCCAGAUACUGCUGGCUCGGUCACUCGGUCUUGAGGACCUAUGUAUUGGAGUAGCUGACGCCAACCGUCACGAUGACAGGUUCGCCAGUACCGUUGGGUUCUUCUUGAACUUGUUGCCUGUUCGCUUUCACAUUCCAAAAGAUAUAACAUUUGCGCAAGUUGCUCAAAACACGGCGCGACAGGUCAUCGGCGCUUUGGAGAACUCUGCCGUUCCAUUUGAAAUGAUACUAAACCGGUUGAAUAUCCCUCGGUCUUCUUCCUAUGCACCAUUGUUCCAAGUCACGGUGAACUACCGUUUAGCAAUGACAAAGGAGAUACCAUUUGGUGACCACUUCCUUACGAUAACUGAUGCCGAAGAGGGCCGAACCCCCUGGGAUAUCACGUUUAGCUUCUUAGAGUCCCAGUCGGAUGGCGUCACAGUCACAAUGGACUGCUCAGAAUCGCUGUACGACGUUGAGGCUACGGAGACUCUGCUUGGCAUGUAUCUACGUCUCCUGGAGGCCUUGGCCAAAGACCUCAACAUUACUGUGCGUGAAUGUCAGGUCCACAGUCCUGAAGUAGUUUCCGAAACUCUACAGGUUGGCCAAGGUAGACAAGUGGAGUUUGACUGGGCCGAAGCGGUUUCAGAAAAGGUUCAAACAAUGUGCCUUGCUUGCCCGGAGAGACCCGCCGUCCAAGAUGGAUCGUCAAAAUUGACAUAUAGGCAGUUCGGAGCACGCGUGAAUUCGAUUGCUGCUGCUGCCAAAGCCGCGAGUCUUGGCGUCGGCUCUCGCAUCGCGGUCUUAUGCGAGCCAUCGAACGAUUUCGUAGCCUCUUUACUGGCCAUUCUUCAUAUUGGUGCUGUCUACAUACCGCUAGAUGUUAGCCUUCCGUCCACUCGCCACACAGCAAUUCUUUCCGGCUGCCAACCGGACCUAGUCCUUUGCCAUGGGAAUACAGUUGAACCAGCUGAGGCGCUCUUGUGCGAAUAUCAGAGCCUGUCUCUACUCAGAAUAGAUAGGAUCGAUGAGUCUUAUGAGCCGGUUGUCAGUCAUGCACAGCCAGAUCUUCCAGCAAUUCUUUUAUAUACCAGUGGUUCAACUGGCAAGCCUAAGGGUGUAGUGCUUUCGCAGGGUAACCUUGCCAACUGGCUUGCACAAAUGACUCAACAGCUUGAACUUGUUGCCCGACCAGGCGUCAUCUGCCAGCAGAGCUCUCUGGGGUUUGAUGCCUCUCUUGCCCAAAUCUUCUGCGCUCUUUGCACGGGCAGCAGUCUAGUCAUUGUGCCCCAAGACUCCCGGCGUGAUUCCAUUCAGAUCGCACGACUGAUUCAGGAGUACCAGGUUACUGUCACACUGGGCACUCCCUCGGAGUACCUCUCCUGGUUGUAUUAUGGUAGAGAAUCUCUAAGGAAGAGUGUGGAGUGGCGCUGGGCAUGCAUGGUAGGAGAGCCGGUUCACCACGAAGUCAAGCGUGAAUUCCGGCGAUUGGAACUGCCCGACCUUUCAUUACUCAACCUUUAUGGUCCUACAGAGAUUACCUUCUCGGCGACUUGUCAUCUUCUCUCUCUCUCUGAAGAUGAACCUGAGAUGGGGAGCACGGUCGGCAAGGCUCUUCCCAAUUACUCGAUUUGCAUUCUCGAUGCAACAGACCAUCCUCUUCCUUUUGGAUUCCAAGGAGAGAUUUGUAUAGGGGGUCCAGGAGUCGCCUUGGGCUAUUGGGACUUGCCUGCUGAAACUGGGCGUAGGUUCAUUCCAGAUCCGACUGGCUUCAAUAGCAAAGGGGCAGCGAACCGAUGGUAUCGAACUGGGGACCAGGGCCGGCUCACCUCGGACGGAACUCUUGUAUACUUUGGGAGACUUGAAGGCGACACCCAGAUCAAGCUGCGAGGCAUUCGCAUUGAAUUGGGGGAGGUAGAGGCGGCUUUGUUGAAAUCAGGAGAGGGCUUAAUCUCUAGAGCAAUAGUGACUGUCCAUGAUGGCGUGCUCAUUGCUCAUGCUACCUUGGUCCCAGGGAAAAUCCUUGAGCCUGACUCCGUCAAACAACUCCUAUCUAGCCUCGGUCUACCGCAGUAUAUGUGUCCGGCGCGGUUGAUAAUUGUCCAGGAUCUCCCGAGGACGAGUACCGGAAAGAUUGAUCGCCAAGCUCUUGCGAAGCUGCCACUCACAGGCAGGGAUAGCUCCAGUCAAUCAGUAUCUAACUUGAGCCUUCAUGAAGUGGAAUUGAAACUCCUCUGGAACAAGGUGUUGCCCGCAGGAGAUCAUGAGUUGGGUCCAGAAUCAGACUUCUUCCUUGAAGGAGGGAACUCGCUCCAGUUGACUAAGUUACAGCAUGAAAUCAAGGAGGUUAUAGGUAUCUCUGUAUCUACGCGCGAACUCUACUCUGCGUCUACUCUUCGGCAGAUGGCCGCACGAAUAGAAUCUCAGCGAGAGGAUCAGUUGACCGAAAAUGAGGAUAUAAAUUGGGAGCGUGAGACCGAAAUUCCUGUCGAUCUUAUGGCAGCCGUACGGGGGACAACUAGGCCUUUGAGCACGCCAGUCACCAAGGACAUUGAGGUUCUAUUGACUGGAGCCACGGGUUUCCUCGGUGCAUCCAUCCUCAACGCUCUUCUGGGAGAUCCUGCCAUUGGCAAAGUGCAUUGCGUUGCAAUCAUUCCUAACGAACUGGAUAAACUGCCGGAGUCUAACAAGAUUAUGAGCUACACUGGUAGCUUGUCCCUGCCACAACUGGGUCUCACCCCAUCUGAAUGCGUCGCACUGCAGUCGGAUGUCGAUGUCAUCAUUCACGCCGGGGCCAAUGGGCAUUGCCUGAACAGCUAUGUAUCUCUACGGCGUCCCAAUGUGUAUUCCACCCAUUUCCUAGCCGCACUAAGCCUGCCACAUUCUAUUCCCUUCCUCUACGUGUCUUCGCCGCGGGUUCCCUCGUUAGCUGGCGAUCUGUCCCUUCCCCCCGGCCCUGUGCUUUCAGAACCUUCCACGACUGGGGAUGAGGGCUACAUGGCAUCUCGAUGGGUCUGUGAAAGGUUCCUCGAAAAGCUUUCUCAUUUCAUUAGCUUUCCCAUCGAAAUCCACCGCCCCUGCCUAUACCUUGGUGAUCAAGCACCCAAAACUGACGCUAUGAAUGGUGUCUUACGUUACACGCGCCUUAUGAAAUCCAUCCCACGUCUGGAACGUGUGAGGGGGUACAUCGACUUCAAGAACGUGGAGGACAUUGCUCACGAUAUGGUCGCGUCAGUGAUCGCCAUGGCAGGGGAGGCGACCUCGGGCAUUCGUUUCCGCCACCACUCUAGUGGCCGCAAGGUACCGUUCGACAAGUGGGCGGAGUACAUGGAGGAGCUCUAUGGGGGCCCAUAUAAGGUGCUUGAGUUACCUUACUGGAUUGCACGAGCCCGGGAAGAAGGCAUCGACCCCUUGAUUGCGACGUAUCUAGAGGGGGUCCUGGAAAAGAAGGAGAUCGGGGUUUUUCCAUAUCUAGGGGAGUCAGCAGAAUGA